UCACUACACCACGAAGGCCAACCAAAACAACAUAUAUAAUUAGCCAACCAUGGAGAAGUAUAGCGACGCAUCUUCUGCCCGCAAAGUAGCAGCUGUGUGGAUAGCUCUCGUUGUGCUGUUAGGCUAUGCCUGCACCGGCAUUGAAUCGCAAUGCGGCAGUGAAGCGCCCGUCGACACCGUGCCUUGUCCUAACUACGAGAACUGUGUGGACAAAGUCAUCACCGCGCUGCAGAAUGCAACGCCCAACAAAAAGGACUUCAGUUACACCAGGAUAUACCCGCGUGGCACCUACGGCGGCGUUACGGGUUCCGCCAGUUGUUACCCAACUACCGACGUCCAACACUGCCAAGACUGUCUUGAUGGUGCCAAGGACGUGCUGGACGGCUGCAAAUCUUAUGCCGCCGCAGGCUCUUUCGUCGGCGACGUCUGUACCAUGUCUUAUGCCCAGUUCCUCCCUCAUGAAUGACAGCUAUAGGGAACUGUACGUGAUCAAUAACAAGCUAGGCGGCCUAGUGAAAAUAGCACUCUCUUGGGAUUUUUCCUUUCUGUCCCAUUGAACUUUGAAGUUGUUAUACUAUCAAAAAAAAAAAAAACUUUGAAGUUGUUUUGAAUAACUACUUUCUGGAGGUAUGUUUAAAAUCGAUCUUGGGUCACGUGUGGCAGAGUUGGAUUAAGAUCUUGGAUUCAGUCUCGUCCUCGCUCAAUAUGUGUUCAUCAUAAGUUCAUAACCAUUAAUCAUCAUUCCCAUCUGUACCUCUUAAAAUCUCACAUCUAAACAUAUAUAUGGUCGGUGCAACUAAAUUAUUUGAGGACUGAGACACAUAAAUCAAUGUAUUGUUC